CCGGAUAGUUGAGUUGUAAGUUGUAUGCGAAUCACUUUGACCUGUAAAGGCGGCGAACGAAUUCGUUCGUAGCGCCGUGCGUAACCCGUCCGUCCGCUGUCGCCUGAACGCCAUAAUUCGAGAUUAAUAAUUAUUCUAAUCAUUUGAUAUUAAUUAUUAAAAGCAAUGCUGUGCUAAGACAUCAAACUUUCUAAUAUUUCUGGCCUAAGUGUGUGAAAGAAUUAAAUAAAUCAAGAAGAUGAAUAAUCAGGCAUUCAGUUUAGCUGAAAGACUUAUUCCUUCAACCUAUGUACAACAAGGUUUAAAUGCAAAAAAAGCACGUGAAAAUCUUAUAAGACACUUCAUCGAACAUCAAAAGUGGCCAGAAGAGGGUUGGGAUGAUGCAACAAUAGAAGCUUUUCUCUCAGAUCUGUCACAAAUGGACAGCAACAAUUUUCCUUCGAAUUGUAGUGUUGGAGAACGUGAAGCAAGAAUCGUAUCGAACAUUGUUGCAAGGCGACAUUUUCGAAUGGGUCAUGGCAUAGGAAGAUCAAGUGAUUUAGAAGAAGUACAACCAAAAGCUGCAGGAAGUAGCCUAAUGUAUAAAUUAACAAAUGCUUUAGUACUUGAAGUCAUUCGAUAUAUGGGUGUAAAAAGCAUAGCAGGUUGUUUUCUAUCACCAAUGGCUACAGGCAUGAGCUUGGUAUUGUGUAUGUUAACAUUUAAACAGGAUAGACCACGAGCCAAGUAUGUCCUGUGGCCUAGAAUUGAUCAAAAAUCAAGCUUCAAAUCAAUAAUCACAGCUGGAUUAGAACCAAUUGUUAUUGAAACGAAGAUAGUUGGAGAUGAAUUAAAGACAGAUAUGCAAAGACUUGAAUCUCAAAUGGCAGCUUUAGGUGAAAGUGUUGCUUGUGUGCUAACAACAACUAGUUGCUUUGCACCCAGGGCAUGUGAUUCUAUUGAUUCUAUUGCAGCGCUUUGUACUCAAUAUAACAUUCCACAUUUAGUAAAUAAUGCGUAUGGCUUACAGAGUACGAGAUGUAUGCAUUUGAUUCAAGAAGCAUCGCGUAAGGGCCGCGUCGAUGCUUUCGUUCAAAGCACGGAUAAAAACUUUCUAGUACCAGUUGGUGGCGCAAUUAUUGGCUCUUUUGAUAAAAAUCUGUUAGAUCGCAUAUCAAAAAUGUACCCAGGUCGUGCAAGUGCCAGCUCCAUUAUGGAUGUAAUGAUAACAUUACUAAGCUUAGGAAUGGCGGGUUACAAACAAUUAAUAACGCAACGUAAAGAAAUGUAUUCAUAUUUAAAGGAAGAACUUGGCAAGUUAGCAGCAAGACAUGAUGAAAGAUUACUAGACACUAAAGGAAAUCCUAUUUCAAUGGGAAUGACUCUUCAGUGUUUAAGUCAUCAGCAUGAUAAUAAACAAGUUACAAUGUUAGGUUUGAUGUUAUUUCUCCGCAAUGUCAGUGGUACAAGAGUAAUAACAACAACAGAAACUAAGCAUAUUGUUUCAUAUAAGUUUGAAGGUUGGGGAGCUCAUAAUAGUAAUUAUCCAGUACCAUACUUAACUGCUGCUGCAGCUUUAGGCAUGAAGAAAUCAGAUGUGGACAUGUUUAUACAACGAUUAGAUAAAGCUUUGACAAAAGUAAGGAGACGUUCAGCUCCAGUUACACCGACAGCAUCUCUUGCUGGGUCCAGUAUUAAUGGAGAUGCAGUAGGUACUGGUGGUCCUGGAGAAUCAAGUACAGCUUCAACUAGCCGAGCAAGUAGUAAGGAUAGUUUGAGAAAAUGAACCGUAAUCAACGCAACUGGCCAGUCGAAUCAAUACAUUCAUUUGUAAGUAAAUUAUUACUUACAAUUAAUACAUGUUGCAUAUUUCUGAGGAACGUUUUACAUUUUUAUUUUUAACUGAAAUACUCAAUAUUCUUAUAAUGUAGUUACUCAAAAUUUGUAUUGAAAUAUUUGUAUUUAAUAUAUAAUUUUAUUUCUUUAGAUUAAGUUAAAUUACUUCUUAGAUAUUUAUUUACAUGUUUAAAAUAAAAAAAAUAAUAUUUUAUAACAAAAAUAUAUUCUAAAGAGAUACGCAACAGCAAAAUGUGCUGAUUCGUCUGUCCAUUUGCGUUGUAAGUGCAGUGUCAAUUGUCAUGAAAUAAAGCAAGAGAGUUCAAACAAUAUUAACAUCGGAAUAUCUACGUUAAUAUUUGAGGAGGAAGAAAAUGUUAGUGUAUUCUACACAUUUAUUAAAAGAUAUUAACUGGUAAGCGCUGGCCACAAGAAUAUCUGUUAUACUUGUUCUAUGUUACAAUAUAUAUGCAGUUACUUUUUAAACAAAGCAUGUCUCAUAUAUCUGAUAAAUAUCUGUUGUUUAUCUUUUGGAAUAUUAUUGUAAUACAAAAUUAAUUUUCUGUAAAUAUGUAAAAGCAUAUUUCUGCUUAAAUCCAUAAUUCCACAAAUUACCAAUUAUAAUCCCAUUAAAAUUAGUUUAAUAUCCUUGUGCUGAUCAUUUGUAUGUUUUAAAGCAAUUACAACUUCAUAUUUUAAACUUAAGGUCACCAGUUAGCAUUCUUUUGUGUAAUUUAUUUGUGCUAGAAUAUUAAAAUACUAUAAAAAAAAUUCACUUCUUUUCACUUAGAAAUAAUAUAAUUCUAUCAAUGAUCAUAGAAAAAGGACAUGUUAUUACUAAGAGAGAUUUAUAGUAGAUACAGUAUUUGCUUAAUCACACUAUUAUAGAAAGUGUGUACAAAAAUUAGAAGCACUAUAUAUGAGAAAAAGAUACUCCAUAGCCCGUAUAAAUUGAAUACAGAUAUAAACAUGCUAUUUUUGAUUUUAAACUCUUUUUAUUAUAUAUUUUGUGAAUGUUCAUUUGUAGAUUAUAUUAUAAUUUCCUGUACUAAUAAUAUCUAAACUUUAUUAUUAUCAAAUGCAAUGUUUUGCACAAAACAACAGUAUUACCUUUUCAAUAUUUUUAAAGAAGUAAUGAAUAUAAGUAAAUUUAAACAGCAUAUUACAUUACUAAACACAAUCAUUUUCUAAAUGUCUAUACAAAUUUUUGUGCGCAUUUGUAUUGCACAUAAUAACUUGUAUAUCCACAUUUAAGAAAGGCAUGUAUUUGAAGAUUCACCUUUGGAUAAAUUAUUUUGACAGUGUUAUCUUUUGAUAUGUCAAUAUCCAUAUUCCUUCAAAUAUAGUAAGAUAAGUCAAUUAAUAUUUAGUACAAUAUUUAACAAAAUCAGAGAAAAUAUCAAAAAUUAAAAAACAAGUUUGAAGCAUUUAGAUGAUUCUGAUAAUUAUUUUUAAAAUAUCGAUGUUUAUAAUAUUAUUUAUAUUUAAAAAUUAUUUAUUGUUGACUUUUAUUUUAAAAGUUUAUAAACUACAAUAUGCAUUUUAAUAGUUGCAAAAUCUUACUAUUUAGCCACGUGUUGUAUAUUUUUUAAUAAUAUAAUAUAAUGUUUGUUGAUAAUAUAUGAAUAUUAACUCAGAAGAAAGCAAUAUAAUGUACAAAAUUAAUUGUCAGAUUAUAUAGGUUGUUAAAUUCACAGAAAAAGAUCAAAGGUAGAAAAUUGAUACAGUGUUAUUGUACUUAGUAUAUUUAUUAUAUUUGUUAACCCAUAAAUGAAUUUUGAAUAAUUUCAGGAAAAUGGAUAAUUUCUGAAUUAAUGAAAUGUUAUAAAAAAUGUUAUUCGGGGUGAAUCAUAUAUGCUACUAUAGGAUGUAUUAUCAUUAUAAAAUUAUUGAUAAAGAAAGGUAACAUAGUAAAGAUUAUAAGAACAUAUACAUUAUAGAAUAGUACAUUGUAUUUUAGUAUCGUACUUUAUGCUAAUGAAAUUCCUAUAUAUGUACAUACAGAUGUUUCUCAUUUCUAUAUUAUGUACUUUAAUAUUAAUUGUAGUAUAUGCAUUAUUUUAUUUCAUUAGUUUUAUAUAGUAUAAUUUUAUAUCAAAAAGGCCAGCUCACAUAUACAUAUAUAUUACAAAACCUGCCUUUUACAUGAAACAACGAUUUUUAAGGUCCUACUUUAUCAAUAUUUUUUAAUUAUUUUUGUAUCUAUACCUUUCAAUUUUGGUCAGUCAUUGUAAGAAAGAAACAAAUCAUAUUUUUAAACAGACACAAUAGACAUAUUAUUUACUAAAAUUGUCUCACUAUCAAAACAAAGUAUUACAAACGAAAUUAUGUAAAACUUAUUGAGUAUGUCCCACCUGCUACAUUUUUAAGUUUAUUACAAUUAAUGUGUACUAUUGGCUGUGAAAUAUUUUACCUAAUAUAUGUUGUAAAUUAAGGGAAAAAUUAAUUAUUCACAAUUUCAUUUGAGUUACAAUUUUGAGAGGGAAUAUUUUGUUGUUUACUCUUAAUAUUCAAGGAAAAAUCUAUAUAUUGCUGAUAUUGUAUAUACAUAAUUGUUUUAACAUUUUUAAAAAUAAAUAUAUAUAUAUAUAUAUAUACAUAUAAGAUAUUGGAGAUACUAAAUGUAAACAAAUUAUACACGUCUUGAAUUAUAUACAAGAAACCGCUAAUCCCGAUGUUACAUUUUCCUGAUCAUGAUAGAUACAUAUAUAUUUACUUAAUUAUGUUGUAUUAUCUAAAUAACCAUUUUACACUUACUGUACUUGGUUAAAAUUCAAAUGGAAAUUAGAAGACAUCAAUUCUACUUAUAAAAGAAUUGUAUUAACUUACUUAUUUAAAUAUAUAUUUCCAUUUGAAAAUUUAAACAACGUACACCAAUAUGGUAGUAUAUACAUAAAUAUGUACUACUAAUCAAAGGUUAUGUAGGAAUGCUUUAUUUGUAAAAUAUGCAACUAUUGGGUAAAUAAAAGUAAAAAUGUUAAACAGAA